AUGUUGGUGGUGCUCGGAACAAGAUCACUGUUCGUCGGAUCUGAGGAGUUACACCAUCAAGCAUCCUCCAUUGCAGAUCCGGUGGUGCUUGGAACAAGAGAGAUUGAAAAGAGGUUUCGGUUUAAAGAUGUUGGUGGUCCUCAGAACAAGGCCACCAUACAACCACCUCCGCUGCAACAAAACCGACUCCAAACACCAUCACCGCACCACCGGUUACCGCUCAUACUCACCGUCCCAUCACCACCACCAUCUUCCAGAUAUGUUUCUGAACUUAAUAAAAACUCUUAUUUGAAAAAAUGCAAUAAUCAAGUCCCUGUGAUUGUUGAUUGCGUUCAUUUGAAAUACUUGACCCUUACUCGACCAGACAUCAACUAUGCAGUUCAACAGGCAUAUGGUCAUAUGCAUGCUCCCAAAACAGACCACUGGAAUGCUUUGAAGCGUAUUAUUUGGCAUGUUCAAGGUACUACUUCUUUUGGGCUUCUUCUAGGCAGCUCCCGCAACCCGAACUUAAUGGCUUACACAAAUGCAGCAGACUAG